AUGUAAAAAUCAAAAAUUAUAUUAGAUGUGUAAUUAAUUGGUCAUAAUGGUUAUGUCAUAUCAGUAUGUUUCUCUCCCGACGGUACUAAAUUAGCAUCUGGUAGUGCAGAUAACUAUAUUUGUCUUUGGGAUGUUUAGACAGGAUAAUAAAACGCUAAAUUUGAUGGUCAUUGUAAUUAUGUCCGAUAGGUAUGCUUUUCUCCUGAUGGUUCUACAUUAGCAUCAGGAAGCAGAGAUAAAUCUAUCCGUUUAUGA